CAAACUCUGUGUCUUCUUCAACCUCCAUCUCACUCACCAAACCAAACCCCCCUAAACAACCCAUGGGGACUGUUCAAAAGACAUUGAACAUCAACAUCAAACAAACAACGUUUGUACAACCUUCGAAGCCCACACAAGCUUCUACAAAGCAGUUAUGGACUUCCAACUUGGAUUUGGUCGUUGGCAGAAUCCAUAUUUUAACCGUUUAUUUCUACCGUCCGAUCGUUUGCUCCAACUUCUUUGAUCCUCUUGUCAUGAAGAAGGCGCUUGCAGAUGUUCUUGUUACCUUUUAUCCAAUGGCUGGUCGUAUGGGUAAAGAUCAGAAUGGCAAAGUUGUUAUUAAUUGUAAUGAUGAGGGUGUUUUGUUUGUCGAAGCCGAGUCCGAUUCUACUUUGGAUGAUUUUGGUGAGUUUACGCCGUCGCCGGAGCUCCGGCGACUUACGCCCACUGUGGAUUAUUCCGGUGACAUUUCUUCUUAUCCGCUGUUUUUUGCUCAGGUAACCCAUUUCAAGUGUGGAGGAGUUGGUCUUGGUUGUGGUGUCUUUCAUACUUUGGCUGAUGGGCUAUCCUCUCUGCAUUUCAUCAACACAUGGUCCGACAUGGCUCGCGGCCUCUCCAUUGCCAUCCCACCAUUUAUCGACCGCACCUUGCUUCGUGCACGUGAACCCCCCACUCCCACUUUUGACCAUGUCGAGUACCACCCCCCUCCGUCGAUGAAACCUGACUCACAGAAGCCUGAAUCCAGCCGAAAGCCCUCCACCACUAUUCUUAAGCUUACACUUGACCAACUCAAUGCUCUCAAAGCCGCAGCCAAGAAUGAUGGUGGAAACACCAACUAUAGCACGUACGAGAUCCUAGCGGCUCACUUAUGGCGUUGCGCGUGCAAGGCUCGUGGACUCCCCGAUGACCAACUAACCAAACUGUACGUGGCUACAGACGGACGAUCCAGAUUGAGCCCCCAACUCCCACCGGGCUACCUAGGGAAUGUUGUGUUCACUGCCACCCCGAUUGCUAAAUCGGCUGACCUCACGACUCAACCGUUGGCCAAUGCAGCAUCGUUGAUCCGGACAACUUUGUCAAAAAUGGAUAACGACUAUUUGCGAUCCGCCAUCGACUACCUUGAGGUGCAGCCCGAUCUAUCAGCCUUAAUUCGUGGUCCAAGUUACUUUGCGAGCCCGAACCUAAACAUUAACACGUGGACUCGGUUGCCAGUGCAUGAUGCGGAUUUCGGGUGGGGUAGACCCGUAUUCAUGGGACCCGCGUGUAUAUUAUACGAGGGGACCAUUUAUGUUCUACCAAGCCCGAACAAUGAUAGGAGUAUGUCACUAGCAGUGUGUUUGGAUGCAGAUGAACAGCCAUUGUUUGAGAAGUUCUUAUACGACUUCUAAGAUAGUGGUGUUAUGUAACCAUUCAAGAUUUAUGAAAAUUGAGAUUGCAAUAUUUUAAUAUUUAUUUUAUUUUAACUUUAAUGCAA